GGCCCUCUUCCUCACAAGAGCAAUUUCGUAGCCUCGAUUAAGAGAAAAGCCAAAGAGAGGGAGCACGCGACCUCAUAAUUCACCGAUCAAUUUUUAGGGUUUCGUUUCUCUCUCUCUCAUCAUUGCUUAAUCAAAACCUCAUUUUUCUCUUCGUAUCUGCUUACAGGACUGGAUGAUCUAAUGGAGUCGAAAGGUGGGAAGAAAUCUAGUAGUAGUAAAUCCUUAUUCUACGAAGCUCCCCUUGGUUACAGCAUUGAAGACAUUCGACCCAACGGAGGCAUCAAGAAGUUCAGAUCUGCUGCUUACUCCAACUGCGCUCGCAAGCCAUCCUGAUAUCCUCAAGUAGGCUGCCUCACCACAUAAAGUGGUUUACAAAAUAUAAUAAUUGCUACAGUAUUAGCUGCUUCUUCAACCGAUCUCUUCCUCUUCCUCUCCCUCUCCUCUCUCUCUCUGCGACUUUGAUUUCCUAACAACUGCAACAUCUUCAAUUGCUAUUGCUGAAACCCAUUUUUCUUGCAAGUUGCAACUGUCACUGCAUUCGACUGUGGUCUAGUUUGGGUCUUUGAAGCAUUUUGUCACUGUUAUAAUUUCUGAUGGUCAAUAUGGCCAUGGCUGUUUCUGCAAUUGGUUUUGAAGGUUACGAGAAGAGGCUAGAAAUAACAUUUUUUGAGCCUGCCAUAUUUGUUGAUCCUGAAGGGAAGGGCUUUCGAACUCUUUCUAAGGCUCAAUUGGAUGAGAUUCUUGGACCAGCUGAGUGCACUAUUGUUGAUUCACUAUCAAAUGAUCAUGUCGACUCUUAUGUCCUUUCUGAGUCUAGCCUCUUUGUGUAUCCUUACAAGAUCAUCAUCAAAACCUGUGGGACUACAAAACUGCUUCUUUCAAUACCACCCGUCUUGAAGUUGGCUCAUGCCCUUUCUCUUGACGUAAAAUCUGUGAGGUAUACUCGUGGGAGCUUUAUUUUCCCUGGAGCUCAGUCAUAUCCUCAUCGCAGUUUCUCUGAAGAAGUUUGUACCUUAGAUAGUUAUUUUGGGAAGCUUGGUACUGAAAGUAAGGCUUAUAUCCUGGGUGGGGAUGACAGCCCACAUAAAUGGCAUAUUUACUCUGCAUCUGCAGAUUCUGCAAUCUCUUGUGACCAUGUUUACACUGUGGAGAUGUGCAUGACUAGUUUGGACCGAGAAAAGGCUUCUAUUUUUUUCAAAUCCCAAUCAGCUUCUGCAUCUACUAUGACCAUUGAUUCUGGCAUAAGAAAGAUUCUACCAGACUCUGACAUAUGUGAUUUUGAUUUUGAUCCAUGUGGUUAUUCAAUGAAUGCUAUUGAAGGAGCUGCUAUUUCUACAAUCCAUAUUACACCAGAAGAAGGUUUCAGCUAUGCGAGCUUUGAAACAGUAGGAUAUGAUCUAGAAGAAAUGAGCCUAAACCACUUGGUUGACAGGGUGUUGGUUUGCUUCCAGCCGAGUCAGUUCUCAAUUGCUGUACAUGGCGGUGUUGCAGGUGAGCAACUAGUGCGGACUUGUUCACUGAAUGUUAAGGGAUACUGCUGCGGAGAGAGGAGCCUUGAAGAGCUGGGAAAGGGUGGUUCCAUUGUCUACCAGACGUUCGUCAGUACUGGGGACACUGGUUCGCCUAGGUCUACUCUGAAAUGCUGUUGGAAAGAGGAAGAAGAGGAAGAUGAGGAUUAGUUUCAAUGGUCUUAUAUCUUUAAUGUUUUGUGUGUCUGUUUAAAUAAAAUAAAUGCUUUCAGGCUCUGCCUUGCCUGAUGAAGCAAUGUUAGUAGUAUUACUCUUAUAAUUUGAUUUCAACUGCAGUACCAGUGGUGGUGGUUCUCAAGGUCUUAAAACGAGAGAGCAGCAGAACUUUAAAUGUUUAGCCUUGUAUGCAGACUUGUUAUAGUGAAUGCUAUCUCUUUAUAUAUAUGUUGGUAUUGCGGCAA